CAAGAUGUAAAUUCAAUCAUGCAAACUCAUUAUAAUUUCUUUUCCACAAUCCAUUAGCUCUAAAUUCUACUUUUGCCAUGACACAUAAUGAAGAAAACCAAUAAUUUGAACAAAAAACCAGGGAGAAAGACUAAUUAAUUAAGGAAUUCUUACGGGAGAAUGAACUUCACUAAUACUGCACGCAAUUGAGUUUUGUUGUGUGGUUCGGGCUUGCCGCAAAAUCAGCAGGAAACUGUGUCAUCCUGCUUCCGUACUUGGUGGGGGUAAUGAGAAGGGUGGGACCCAAUCCACCAUCCCACCGUAACCGCCUCGCUGACAUGGCACCCAUGCAGUUAAAUCGUUAUUGGCAUUUAGUUACAUUACUCACUGCCGCGAUAAAUAUAUUUAGUUUAGUUUGGCCACCGCAGAAAUAGUUUCUGGCUGGAACUUUUAGAUAAAAAUACUUUUUUAAAAAAUCAGUUUAGUGUUUGGCUGUAAAACUAUUAGAAUUGCUUUUUAAUAUGAGCGGUUGUGUAAAAUGACUAUAAAGGACUUAUAAUAUAAAAUAUGAAUAAAAAUUCUAAACAAUUAAAAGUAGUCAAAAUGAAUCUUUUUAGAUUUUUUUAUGUUAAAUAAUAUGAUUUUAUAUUUUAUUUUAUUUUUAACAAGAUAUAAAUGAAGGAAAAUUAUAUUUUCCGAAAUAAAAUUAAAAUAUGGUAAGGAUAAUCUUGUAUUUUCAAAAUAGCUUUUCGUAGAAGCUCCAAAUCGGAGCUUCUGCUUUUAUGUUAUAGAAAAGCACUUUUCGACUUCUCAAAAGCCAAGCUUUUAUAGGUGUUUGUCACUGCUUCAGCUUUUGAAGCCGAAAGCACUUCUAAAAGCCGGGCCAAAAUGGUCCAUGAAAUUGUACCAUGUCAGCGGUUCAACCACGAAAUACCAGCAUUAGGGGCUAAACCGGUAGGCGGUAUUUAACGGUACUAAGGUUGUAAUACGAUUAAACCACGGUUUUACCAUAAAAUACCUUAACACUGACUUUCCCGGUACGGUGUCCGGUACAGUUUCAUGGACUAUGCAUAUUAGAGGUGUAACCGAUAUUCAAACCUGAAUUGAAUAUUAAUAGUUACACUAAAAAUCAUGUGUGCAAUAAUCGGAAAGCACAAGAACUCAAGAAGGGGAUGAUGACACUCUAAGUCAACUAGGUAUGAUUCUAUGGACUAUUUGGAAUGAACGUAAUAACCUUAUGUUUAAUAAAGCACAAGAAGGGGAAAUCGUAGGGAAAGCCCUAACCUACUGGGAGGAAUUCAAGUCCUAUAACUCCAAAGAAGUCGAAUUGAAACAAAGGGAGAGAAUCACCUGGGAACCUCCACCGGCGGGAUGGAUCAAACUGAAUGUCGAUGUUGCGGUACUGAAGGAUAUAGGGACAGGAUUUGGAGUUUUUGCUCGAGAUGAAAGAGGCCACUUCCUGAUGGCACCGGUUUGCCGAGAGCGCAUCCAAUGGACUCCAGAGCUGGCAGAGGUCAAAGCCAUUGCUUUUGGUGUCCAGCAAAUGGGGAGGUAUGGCUUUAGCUCUGUCAUCAUAGAAACCGAUUGCCAGAGCGCAUUUCUUGCACUGGAGAAGACGGAGGUAAUGAGAAUGGAGGCUGGAACGUUGAUCAGAGAGCUGAAAGCAGAUGCAACCAGUUUGAGCCUGAUCCAGUGGAGCUUUGUGAAAAGAGAAGGAAAUGGAGCGGUCCAUCUCAUGUCCCACACAAAAUGUAAUUGGGACACCCAGGAAUGUUGGGUAUCUCGACCACCAGUUUUUAGUUACCAUUUUUAGAUUCUGAUCCCAUGAGGCAUUAAUAAACUUCAGGUCUGAUUAUAAAAAAAUCAAUGAAAUAAUAAACGGUUGGCUUCUGGUAGCUAAAUUUAAUUAAUUACUAACCUAUUGUUAAACAGAUAGUAACCGAUGAUUAAAUGUUAAUCGAUUCACCAAUUAUGGUCAUCUUCGUAAUUAGGACCGAAAAUAAUAGAUCUCGAUGAGUUGCGGGUAUAGGCAAAAUAUAAUGCGAUGUUUGAAGGUCUACAAGAUCCAUUAUCUACCUUAGCUCUGUAAUAGUGAGUUAGGUUCAAAUAAGAAUAAUUUCAAUGAAGGGUUUUAAAAGGAGCACAGUAGAAAGGUGGAUUUUGCACACUGCAGCUUGACAACAAUCAGUAACAUUUAAGCUUCCAUGUAGUUUUGUGGGUUUUAUAAGUUGAGUAAUUAUUGUUGGGUCUCUUAUUCGUUUAUUCUUCUUUAAUCAAAUAUGAUAGUAUAAUGUGUUAUUGCGUAUUUGUGUUGAAUUGAGUUGAUUAUGGAUUGAUAUCUAUGUUAAAUAAGUUCUUAAUCAAUGUUAAUGAUUUAAAAGAACUCAUACGCAUGUUGGGAAAUACUUACAAAAAUGCACAAAUGAAAAAGUAGGAGGUCUUUUAUUGGUUAGAUUGCUGACCGAUUAUUUUGGCAUAACCUUGCCAAAUCACUUGCUUAACGGUUAUCAACAGACAAAAUAAUCGAGAACCUGACUAUACAGUUCGACUAGCCGACUAACAUAAAUGAUGCGGUUAACGGUAAUCACAAAGUGUUUAAUGAUUUACAACAAACCGACUAAAUGAUUACGGUUAUAACCGAACUGAAUAAAUUGUCAAUUAGGGCUGGGAAUCUAGACCAAACCGUAUGGGGAACCGCGGUCUAGACCGUAUCGUAUGGUUUUGGUCUGGACCGUGAGACCAAAACUAUGGUCUGGUUUACGGUCUCCUCCUUUAGCUUGUGGUCUGAAGUGGUCUGGACCGUGGUCUACCGCACUAAACCGUAACAGACCGUGACACACUACCUACAAAUUCAUACCAAAAUAACUAAAUAAAACCUCCAUUUCUGUAUUUGAAGAACAAAGUUAGUUGAUCUUUAUCUCGUUGAGAGCCAACAGAUUGUACAAAUGAUCGCUUGCGCGUUAUCUCAUUCUCAAAGAACCACACAAAAACUAGAAAGAUUCCUAAAUAAUAUUCACCGACAAUGUCUUGACUAUGAAGUCGAUAACAGAUCAACACUAGGAAAAAUUCAUUCACUCUGAUGAGAUAAGAAAAAUUGUUGAGAGAUAAGCGAUCAUCUUAGUGGUUCAAAACGACCUCAACAUCAUCACGAAGGUGAUCUAUAGCAAGAACCUUCCGGAUCACCCGAGAGAAAGAGAGAGAGAGAAGCGAUAACACAAAGAGGAAAAGGGAAACAAGGCUAUUUGACGUGUGUGUUUUUAAUGGAUACUGGAUAGAGCAGUUAAUACUGGAGAGAGAGUUUGAAAAUUGAAAAAACCCACUUCUCUCAUAUAUAUUUUCUCAUUUUAAUUACGAUAACUAAAUUAUUGUUUCACUAGCAUAUUGGUCAAUGUAAUUUUUAUUUUUAUAAAUACCGACGAAGAGUUGGAGGGAAUAAGAGUGAUUUUUUUAAACAUGGUCUGCCUGGUCCAGAUCAUACCGGACCGCACCACACAUGCGUUAUCUGGUCUGGACUGUAUAGUAUAUGGUCUGAUUCAUAGUCUGUGUCCCAACCUCUCGGUUUGGACCAUAAACCGAACCACACCGUUUCUCAUCUCUAUUGUCAAUCCUACUCACAUGGAAGGAAGACUGGAAUUACCCGACACGUGAGAGGAUGGCAACGGCGCUCACACGUGCGGUAAACCGUGGCAACUACUAUAGUUACUAGAGUGGUUAACAAACAACUGUAAUAAGC